AUGUCAUUCUCUAUACAGCAUCCAGACUUGUCGUCCGCUUUGGUGACUCCGAAAGAUGCCUCCACGGCAAAUUUCCAGUCCGUGACUUGCUAUAUUGAGGUUUCUCCGGCAAAGCAAUCAUUAAAAAGAAAAAGAACGAAAACUACGGAAGAUACGAGUGGCAUGUUUCCUGAUGGCCCGAGGAUUUUGGAAUAUCUCCCACCAAACACUCACAGAGAGGCCCAAAAGAUAUCUCACAGCGGCAAGACCUCAAGAACUGAACUCAUAAAGCAGCUGAAGCAGAUGUUGGAUAUCGCACUAGAGUUAAUCGUGCUCGGAUCACGAAAGCAGUACAAGGGCAUUAUUACCAGUACAUACACGCCAGCUGAAUGUUUGGCACAUCUGGCACCCGCUGUGUUUAGCAUGCUGUAUCUCAAGGUAAAUACAACUGGCUAG